UCUGAACCUCAGCUGAGCUCCUCUAAACACUUGAGAACCAGAGUUCUACUGGAAGGUGUCCUACACUGGAGCAGGGUGGAUUAUCCCGUCUCUGCACUUGUGCUGUUCUUGGAACAGAUUGUUACAGAAUAUGGUGAGGCAAGGCUGGAGAGCUUCUGAGGAAGAGGGUCAGUGCACAGCACAGUGUUAGGAGGAGCUCUGCGGAACAGAAAUCAGCAGUGCAAAAUCAGCUUGGCUUGCUCAAACCACGUUUGCCAGUAUCUUAACCCAGGAAGAUUGAUUUAGCACUGGGGCUCUGGCUGUUCAAGCUGAGAAGCAGCUGUGGAGUCUUUUCAACAGUGAAUACUGGCUCAGUUUCAGCACUGAACUGACACACUGCUUGUGCAGAGUCAUAGGCAUUGGGAAGGAAUAGAUAAUGAAGUAUCUACCCAUUUCGAACUGGCUGGCCCAGCUUGGACUUGCAGAAUAUUGCACACUCUUUGAACAAUAUGAUGGCAUAGAGGACUUAUUCCAUCUUACAGAAGUUGAUCUUAGAAAACUGGGAAUUGAAAAUCAAGGCCACCGAACACACCUCAUUUCCAAUAUCCUGCUGCUUCAGGAGGUAAAACACAAGAGAGAACCAAUAAUGAUAGCUGCAGGAAAAUUUUCAAGUCUUCCCAGAAACGGCCCAGUGAACCACCAGUUCUCAUUAGCUUCUUCCAUGGAUCUUUUGACCACAAAACCUUCACCAAUUGAGCAUCGCUCAAACUCCUUCCAAGGCAUCUCUAUCCAUGGCACUCUGCCCAGGAAGAAGAGGGGAACAGUUCCCCCUAGGUCUUGUGAUAUGUUCAGCCACGUGGGAACGUUGCCUUACACCAGAGCAUGGCAGCAGCCACCUUUUGGACAGGACGUUAUAGAAGAGUACCCUCCAGAAAAUGGAAAGAGCAAACUCCAUGCCAGAGAUCAGAAUAUUCUGGAUCCUACAUUGGAAUAUGUCAAGUUUUCUAGGGAGAGGCAGGUUAUGGACAACAGCCCGGAAAAGCUGAAGAAGGAGCUGGAGGAAGAGCUGCAGCUGAGCAGUGAGGACUUGCGCAGCCAUGCCUGGUACCACGGACGCAUUCCCCGGCAGGUGGCAGAAGGCCUAGUUCAGAGAGAUGGAGAUUUUCUGAUUAGGGAUUCUCUCUCCAGUCCUGGGAACUUUGUUCUUACCUGUCAGUGGAAAAAUACCCCUCAGCAUUUUAAAAUCAACAAAACAGUUCUGAGACUCAAUGAAGCCUACUGUCGUGUUCAGUAUCAGUUUGAACUGGAAAGUUUUGACACUCUCCCUGGCUUAGUCAGAUACUAUGUUGGGAGCCGCACACCAAUAUCAAAGCAGAGUGGAGCAAUUAUUUUUCAGCCUAUCAACAGGACUGUGCCUCUCAGGUGUCUAGAAGAAAAAUAUGGUGUAACUCCAGUCCAGCAAAAAGAGCCAAGCACCCCUGGAGGAAAAACAGAAAGUGCAAAAAGGCUGAGUCUUGGUACAUCCAGCAUGCAGUCCCCGGAGCAGAGCAUACCCAGAGGAAAUCUUCUGAGAAACAAAGAAAAAAGUGGUAGCCAGCCAGCUAGUUUGGAUCACGUUCUGGAGAAAAGAUUCCCUUUAAAGGCUCACCAGUCAGAGAGCUAUCUGCUAAUAGGUUCAAGACAUCCAUCUCGAUUACCUGAAGCAGAUGCAAACUCCUGUCCAAGCUCACCUGCAUUUAGAACAGGCAGUGAACCAUCUCUAAGCCCCACAGUUGUUCAGAAAGUCAUCUCAGAGUCACAGCUAGGGGAAGCUCUUAGAGGAUCAGACAGUCAGCUCUGUCCAAAGCCUCCCCCUAAACCCAGCAAAGCCCCCCUGAUGAAGCCCCCAGAUUCUCCUUCGGCUUCCCACAGCUCUGAAGGACACUACUGUGAACUAAACCCUGCCAGACAUCCCACAGCAGCAAAACAACCCUUGUGUCAGAAGAACAGCUAUGUGGAACAUCUGGCUCAAAAGGAGAGGGCAACAUUCAGGAACUCUGAAACAAGCUAUUUGAUCCUUGAUGAUGAUCCUGCAAUGAGCCCUGCAGAUCCUUUGGAAGCUCCAGCUCAGAUGGCUGAAGAAGACAGCAUCUUUUCUGCACCUGUUUAUGAGACAGAGUCUAGUUUUAAACCGAAUGAUUUUGAAUCCAAACUACUUCCUCCUGAAAACAAACCAUUGGAAACAUCCAUGUUAAGAAAAGUUAAGGAGCUCUUCACCAACAAUAACCCAAAGAUUAUUGCACAGCAUAUUCUUAGAAUGGACUGCAAGGUGGCAAGGAUAGUAGAAGUUUCUGAAGAGAUGAGGAGGAAUAUGGGAGGGAACUCUGGUCUUGAGCUGAUCACCUUGCCUUAUGGACAUCAGCUGCGCCUUGACCUUAUUGAGAGGCACAAUACCAUGGCAAUAGGAAUAGCUGUUGACAUCUUGGGUUGCACAGGAAAUGUAGAAGAUCGAGCAGCAACAUUAAACAGGAUUAUCCAAGUUGCUGUGGAGUUGAAGGAGUCACUAGGGGAUUUAUAUGGAUUUUCUGCUAUUAUGAAAGCACUGGAAAUGCCACAGGUCAGCAGAUUAGAACAAACCUGGACAGCUCUAAGACACUGUUAUACCCAGACUGCCAUCAUGUAUGAAAAACAGCUGAAACCAUCCUGCAAAGCUUUGCAUGAAGGACAAGAUGAGUGGACUAAAACUAUCAGUGCUCCACAGAACAACAUAACAGUGCCACUGCUGAUGCCUCUUGUUACCCUGCUGGAGCGCCAAGCUGUUAUUUUUGAAGGCAUGGAGCUGUGGGAAAGCAGUGACCAGAGUGGUGAAAUAAUGCUCAGGCACCUGGGCACAGCACGCCUGAUCGCGCAGCACGCCGAGACCUUCCGCCUGAGGGCACAGCAGCUGCUGCAAGGUUUCCAGCCAGAUGAAGAGCUGAGUGAAAUCUUCAAGACAGAAUUUCAAAUGAGAUUGCUCUGGGGCAGCAAAGGAGCGCAAGUUAAUCAAAGUGAGAGAUACGAGAAAUUCAGCCGGAUCUUAACUGCACUUUCCCGAAAACUGGAGCCUCCUCCAGUGAGGCUGGUGGAACAAUUAAGUAUAUAAGACUCUGGAAACACUAUUUAAGUGAUAUACUUGAAAUAACCUUAGCAUUCUUAUGGCAAUUUGAUACUGCACAAACUUCUUGCAUUUCACAAGAUGUUUAGAACUUUUAACUGCACAAUGCACACUUGUUUUAAAACUACUGAUUUCUAAACAAAUUAUUUAUUUACUGUGUCACCAAGUCAUUUACUGAUCCCUCUAAACUGGUUAUCCCUUUAUUUCCCCAAAGUGAGGCCAAGGAGUUUCAAUGAUGCCAAGGAGUAAGGGCACUGGCAUCUUAAUAUUAAGAUGAAGCAAAUAGUGUAAAUAAAAUGAUAAUUAAUCUAUCUGACAUGGCAGGAAAUUUGUUGUAUAAUAGUCCUUUAAUGAAUAUAAAAACCACUGUAGAUAGAA